AUGAGAGGGUCGCCGAGAGACGGGGAGAGCGCAGAGAAAAACGGAGUAUAACAUUUUCUAACAGUCUUAUUCUUCUUCUUCUUAUUCUUUUUCCUACGCCUUUGUACCGCUUGAGCGACGUCGGCGCCCCAAGUCGAUUAGCCAAGGUCUUAUCCUGAUAUCAGUGGACUGGCUCGAGUGACAUAUCCGUCCUUGUGUGUGACGGCUGGGGAUUAUGAAGCCCUGGUUUCCCACUACCAACAUUUCUUAAACCCCUUGGUUGGGUCGAGGCGGGGAUCGAACUUGUGACCCUGUGGACCGUAGACAGGCACACAACCUGUUGCGCUACGGCGCGCCCCUAUAACAUUUUCUAACAGUAAAUUGAUAAAAAAAAGAAAAUUUGAGAUGUAUCUCAAUUUCCCACUUUCAGAUCGGCAACACCGAUUCGAUUUGCCCUCUGCAGGACGAAGUUUGGCUCAAGGCCAAACAGACCGCCUACGUUCAGAACUUUACCAAUUCUCCAGAUGUAUUUAUUUUUUCUUGGCUCAAAAUCUCUUAUGAGAACAUUUCAGACCAAAGCCCUACUGGCGGAAUUGACCAAAAAUUGCGGCGAAACUAUUGACAUCGACAAUCUUUACGUGGUAACGCAAGGGCUCUAUUGCCAGGUGAGACUAAAAUCGGGAAAAGGAAAAUGCGAAAAUUCCAGCAAAUUUGGUUCAACGACACGUUGAGGAAGGUGAACCCGUGGUUUACUGAGGAUUUGUACAACAGGGCCGAUAAAUGCAACGAUCAGGUCCAGUUGUUCCAGAAUGGCAUUUUUCGUGAGUUUUUUCUCAGCUCAAAGUUGGAUUUUUGCAUGAAGUUCAGUUCAUUAAAAGUUGCUUCUACUGAUUUUUUAAAAAUUGGACGGGGGAACUUCCCCUUCCCCCCCCGGUUGAACUUUUGAUGAAAAUUUUCGGAAGUGUACUUUAGGGCCCCCACUUCAGCAGAGUUUCAUCAAAAGUUCAACCGGGGGGGAGUUCCCUCAAGAGCUUAAAAUUGAUUAUCCCAAAGGUCUGUGAGAAAACUAAAGUGCACUAAGAAAUGAAAAAAUGACCCCAUUUUUCGAUAUUUUUUCAAAAUCACAGGAAAGAUCUUUAAAAGUCUUCGAAGACUCACGAAAUUAUAUUUUUUACUUGUAUCGGCCCCUAAAAUUUUUUUUUGAAGAUUUUCUCGGUUUCUGAGGUAUUACUUGUGGAAAAUUGCACCUUAAAAUACUUGUUCAUUUGAAAAUCCCUACUGUAAGUUCAUUUUCUGAAGUUAUACUCAAUUUCCUAUUGAAGCUGCACCCAACAUUGUGAACGGCGUGGAUUUGGGCCUGACUUUGAAGAAAAUCCGAGGAGGAUCUAUGGUCAACGACAUGAACAUGCACAUGAACCUGAAGCUGUCGUGUCAGGGCGACUCUUCGCUAAAGUGCAAAUGGAUCAACAACCUCAAUUAUUAUGUCUAUUCUGCGGUUGGUGUCUUUUUUCUAACUGGAAAUUGAGAUUUUUUUCAAAAAGAACACCUCGAACAAAAUUAUAAUCACUUUUUCUGAUCAGAAAGGGAAGAUAUGUAAAUUUGUAGGGGCGGAAAAUUCAAAAUGAAAUAAAAACUGUUCAAAGUUAGAGAAACGGAAAAAGUGGGCUUGACCUAGAGUUAAUGGGGGGAAGGUGAGCGAGGCGUCAAAUUUUUUGAAUUUACAAAAAAAAGUAAGUGCGCGCUCCGGAUAAAAUGACGUCAUUCUACGUCACAAAGCACACUGAGUAUUCAACGUUAACUUAAUUGUUCGAUCGCCUUUGGCUGCGUACGUGAGAUUUGAAUUUUCGCGCCAAAAUUUUUGAAUUUCCCCAAUCCGUUUGGGAACGCCGUGAAAGCCGCGUCGCAUACGCAACGUGUCAUCUUAAUAAUUUCGUGGCUUCGUACAGCUAGAGUCAAUCUCGAAUCAGUUUUCUGCACCUUUAUAAGAAAGAAAGGCUCAACAAUUUAUCGAAGUGAAUCAAGGCAAAUUUCGAAGUGGUGGUAAAAGUAAACAGAAAAUGAUGGAAAAGUUCAUUUCCCGAUUAUAUUUUUGAAUUUUGUUAAGUUUCAGUAGCAAAUCAUACAAAUUUCAGCACGACACGACGCUUUACGCCUUCUUUUCGGCUCUUGGCGUCGAAGAAUACGCUGUGAAGCCCGGCGGAUAUCCGCUUUAUUCGGCGGCGUCUCUUAUUGAACUUUACGUUGAUACAGUCGACAAGAAGCCGUAUUUUAAGGUGAUUUCAUCUUUUGACAGUGAUUUUCGUCUAAUACUAAGUUAACGUUUCAAGAAUGACCUCAUCUCACCUUACAAAUCCAAAAAAUAAUAAAAAAAUUUAUUUAAUUAAACCUUCCCUAAUUUUCUCUAAAGUUAUCACUCCUUCAGAUGCUCUACCACGCGGACCAGAAUUCCAAUGUCACAGUUAUAACCCAAGGAAUCGACGGAUGUCCUACCAACAGUGACUUUUGUCCGUUGAGCGUUUUUCAAAAGUUUGCUGACCUCACCAAACCGGACCAUCCUAUUCAACAGGUGAAAAAAUUGCCCUAUAUCCUUUCGAAUCAAAAUUUUCAGUGGUGUUUCGAAAAACUUGAUCAAUCUUCAAAAUCCGGUCUUCACUACCUCUUCGGUAACUUUUUUUUUCGAAUUUCUGGAUCUUUGAAAAUUAGGAGAAGCAGUCAAUUCUUUUAGAAUGAUUUUGAAAAUCAGGAAAAUUUUGAAUAAAAAGCCAGUAAUUCUAAACUUUUUUUGGUUUCAAAAAUUUUCAAAAAGGAAAAAAAUUUGAUGAAUAAGAAAAAAACAUUUUUUUGAACUUGAUGGGAUCAAAAAAAAUUAUUUUUUUAAAUUAUCAAAUUAUUCUUAUGCAACUAUGGCUGCGUAAAUCAAAACCAAGAGCUAAUAUUUUUCAAAUUUUUCGUUUUUUUUCCACAAAUCCACUCCAAAUCACCGAUUUUUCAGCUUUCAUCCCGAUGCUCACUUUCCUCGUCCUUCAACAUUGA